GGAACAUAUUUAAUAUUCUCUCAGCCACAAGAUAAUUAUAAGGUUCACACGGAGGUAUUUUUCAGUAAUGGAACUAUCCUAAGAUGUUGCAACACCAAAGAGCUGCUUGAAAAACACCUAAAAGCAACGGGAGGAAGAGUUUUGACUCGAUUUCCACCUGAACCAAAUGGUUAUCUCCACAUUGGUCAUGCCAAGGCAAUGUUUGUGGAUUUUGGCCUGGCAAGAGAGCGAGGUGGAAGCUGCUAUUUAAGGUAUGAUGACACRAACCCUGAAGCUGAGAARAAGGAAUAUAUUGAUCAUAUAGAAGAAAUUGUCAAGUGGAUGGGCUGGGAGCCUUUCAAGAUCACCUAUACUAGURAUUAUUUCCAAGAUCUGUAUGAAUUGGCUGUGAAGCUCAUAAUUACGGGUCAAGCUUAUGUCGAUCACCAGACUCCUGAAGAAAUAAAGGAGUACAGAGAAAAAAAGAUGAAUAGUCCCUGGAGGGAUAGGCCUGUAGYUGAAUCAUUGAAAUUGUUUGACGAAAUGAAGCAAGGUCUUAUUGAGGACGGCAAGGCAACUCUUAGAAUGAAGCAAGACAUGCAGAGUGAUAAUUUUAAUAUGUAUGACCUUAUUGCAUAUCGCAUUAAGUUUACUCCUCAUCCACAUGCUGGAGACAAGUGGUGUAUUUAUCCAAGUUAUGACUAUUGCACACUGCAUUGUUGAUUCUCUUGAGAAUAUAACACAUUCGGUACGUUUUCCUCCUUUA